AUGGGUAGUCUGUGCAAUUUGAAAACAUUGAUCCUUUCUCAGAACGAUUUGAAUGGGGAAAUAACUGAACUGAUUGAUGUUUUAUCUGGGUGCAACAGCAGUAGGUUAGAGACGCUGGAUCUGGGCUUUAAUGAUCUGGGUGGUUUUCUUCCUAAUUCCCUAGGAAAACUCUCAAACGUGAAGUCUCUUUGGCUUUGGUAUAACUCCUUUGUAGGCUCGAUUCCGAGUACUAUUGGAAACUUAUCGUAUUUGGAAGAAUUGUACCUCUCAGAUAACCCAAUGAAUGGGACCAUCCCUGAAACUCUUGGAGGACUUUCCAAGUUGGUUGCGAUAGAGCUAUCUGAGAAUCCACUGACGGGAGUUGUAACAGAGGCUCAUUUUUCAAAUCUUACAAGUUUAAAGGAGUUUUCAAACUAUAGAGUGACCCCACGAGUUUCCCUGGCCUUUAAUAUCAGUCCUGAGUGGAUUCCUCCCUUUAAACUCAGCCUCCUCAGAAUAAGAUCAUGCCAAAUGGGUCCCAAGUUUCCCGCAUGGCUUAGAAAUCAAACCGAGCUCACCUCUGUAGUGCUCAGUAAUGCUGGGAUCUCAGGCACCAUACCGGAGUGGUUUUGGAAGUUGGAUAUGUAUCUUGAUGAGCUGGACAUCGGUUCUAAUAACCUGGGUGGCAGGGUGCCAAACUCAAUGAAGUUCCUUCCUGGAGCCACUGUUGAUUUGGAAGAAAACAACUUUCAGGGUCCCUUGCCAUUAUGGUCAUCCAAUGUGACGAGACUGAAUUUAUAUGACAAUUUCUUUUCUGGCCCAAUUCCUCAGGAGCUUGGUGAAAGAAUGUCCAUGCUGACAGAUCUAGAUCUCUCCUGGAAUGCUCUAAAUGGCACCAUUCCCCUCUCCUUCGGGAAACUAACUAACUUAUUGACCCUUGUCAUCUCCAACAAUCAUUUGUCUGGAGGAAUUCCAGAAUUUUGGAAUGGUUUACCUGACCUAUAUGUUUUAGACAUGAACAACAACAAUUUAUCUGGUGAGCUGCCAAGUUCUAUGGGUUCCCUAAGAUUUGUUAGAUUCCUAAUGAUAAGCAACAAUCAUCUUUCUGGCGAAAUUCCUUCAGAUUUGCAGAAUUGCACAGGCAUUCAUACUCUUGAUCUUGGAGGCAACAGAUUUUCAGGCAAUGUUCCAGCAUGGAUAGGAGAAAGGAUGCCUAACUUGCUUAUUCUACGCUUACGAUCAAAUUUGUUCCAUGGGAGUAUUCCAUCACAAUUGUGCACUCUUUCUUCUCUCCACAUACUGGAUCUUGGAGAAAAUAAUUUGUCGGGAUUCAUUCCCUCUUGUGUGGGGAAUUUGAGUGGCAUGGCCUCUGAAAUUGACUCUCAACGAUAUGAGGCCGAGUUGAUGGUAUGGAGGAAAGGAAGAGAAGACUUGUACAAAAGUAUUCUUUAUCUGGUUAAUAGUAUGGACUUGUCAAACAAUAACCUAUGUGGAGAGGUGCCUGAAGGAGUAACAAAUCUUUCAAGACUUGGCACCUUGAACUUGUCCAUAAACCAUUUGACAGGAAAAAUACCAGACAAGAUUGGGAGCUUACAGGGGUUAGAAACUCUUGACCUCUCAAGGAACCAGCUUUCAGGCGUAAUCCCCCCAGGUAUGGCUUCUUUGACUUCCUUGAAUCACUUGAACCUGUCGUAUAACAACCUGUCGGGUAGAAUUCCAACAGGCAACCAGUUGCAAACCCUAGAUGAUCCAUCCAUAUAUGAGAACAACCCUGCACUCUGUGGGCCUCCAACAACAGCCAAGUGCCCUGGUGAUGAUGAGCCGCCUAAACCACGCAGUGGGGAUAGUGAAGAGGAUGAGGAUGAGAACGGAAAUGGCUUUGAAAUGAAGUGGUUCUACGUGAGCAUGGGGCCAGGAUUUGCGGUGGGAUUUUGGGGAGUUUGUGGCACCUUAAUAGUCAAGGAUUCGUGGAGGCAUGCUUAUUUUAGGCUUGUGUAUGACGUGAAAGAAUGGCUGCUCAUGGUUAUCUCACUGAAUGUAGCUCGUCUGCGGAGGAAACUGAAUCUAGGUAGUAUUUGA